UGCGGGUGAAGGCUGUGUAAAUCCACACAGUCCAGGGACAAGGAGGUUAUCGGCAGUCCUGAAAUUCACACAAGGGAAUGCUCCACUUUGGCCAUUUCAACUGCUCCCUGCUGCUGUUGCCUUUCUGAGGUCUGCUUACCCUGCACCCCAAGGAUGGAGGUACUGCUAGGAGUCAAGAUUGGCUGCCUGCUUGCCCUUCUGGUUCUCACACUGGGCUGUGGCCUGACUCCCAUCUACGUCAAAUGGUUCCAGAUGGAUGCAGCUACAGGUUAUCACCACAGGGUUCUCAGCCUCCUGGGCUGCACCACUGCUGGCAUCUUCUUGGGAGCAGGGUUGAUGCAUAUGACUGCCGAAGCCCUGGAGGGAAUCGAGUCAGAAAUUCAGAAAUUCGUGGUGCAGAAUAGUACAGGAAGCAAGGGAAAUUCUUCUCGUGAUGCUGCUUCCAGUUAUGUGGAGUAUCCCUACGGAGAGCUCGUCAUCUCCCUGGGCUUUUUCUUUGUCUUCCUUUUGGAGUCGCUGGCACUGCAGUGCUGUCACGGGGCUGCUGGAGGAUCAACAGUGCAGUUGGAGGAAUGGGGAGGGACUCAUGACCUCGGAUUCCACAAGCAUCCGCCGCUACCCUCACCCUCCCGGGGUCCCCUCCGCGCCCUGGUCCUUCUGCUCUCCUUGUCCUUUCAUUCCGUGUUCGAAGGCCUAGCUGUGGGCCUGCAGGCCACAGUCGCGGCUGCUGUACAGCUCUGUGUUGCUGUGCUGGCUCAUAAGGGGCUGGUGGCGUUCAGUGUGGGCCUGAGACUCGUGAAGAUCGACAUUGGACCACGAUGGGCCACGUUCUGCAUACUGUCACUAGCUCUCAUGUCUCCCGUGGGCCUAGCCCUAGGGCUGACUGUGGCUGGAGGCGCCUCAGGACAAGCACAAGGAUUAGCCCAGGCUGUAUUAGAGGGCAUAGCAGCUGGCACAUUUUUAUAUGUCACCUUCCUAGAAAUUUUGCCCCGGGAGCUGGCUUGUCCUGAGGCCCCUCUGGCCAAGUAUGGCUGUGUGGCUGCUGGCUUUGCCUUCAUGGCCCUGAUUGCUUUGUGGGCUUGAGACAUUCCUCACUGUUCUGACAGACCUAACUAGGAUAACUUCUCCUGAGGACACUCCCUCAAUAACUUCGGUCCUCAGACAUUUUCAGUGAGACUAAACAUUUACUAAACACGGACUGACUCAGAUUUUAUAUACAUGAGAUCCCGUCCUUGCUCAGGACUUAGAAAGAAUGUUUUGUUUGCAUGCCUAUUUAACUGGAAAAUUGGUAUCAAGACCAUCACUCCAGAUUUGUUAUUGUGUGUAAUAAAGGUCCC